GACUUCUGUGAGCACGGUAUCGGCAGCCGAUCAGGCGGCCUGAGCCCGGGCUCCGUGUCGGCCAAUCAGAGCAGUGAGAUCCUGGGCGGGGCCAGGGAGGUGGCGCAGGCCAAGGCGGGCUGCAGCCAGAGCGCCUGUGGGGUGGAGGACGUCCUGCAGCUGCUGCGCAUCCUCUUCAUCAUCGGAGGAGACCCUGCUUCCAACACACGCACACUGCAGGAGGAUGUGGACGAGCUGCAGUUUAACGCCUCUCCAGAAGAGUUCACUAGUAAGAAAGUCACCACAAAGAUCCUGCAGCAGAUUGAGGAGCCUCUGGCGCUGGCCAGCGGAGCGCUGCCUGACUGGUGCGAGCAGCUGACCUCUAAGUGUCCUUUCCUGAUUCCCUUCGAGACCCGACAGCUCUACUUCACCUGCACGGCCUUCGGAGCCUCCAGGGCGAUCGUGUGGCUGCAGAACCGCCGGGAGGCGACCAUGGAGCGCUCGCGGCCGUCCACCACGGUGCGGCGGGACGACCCGGGAGAGUUCAGGGUGGGCCGGCUCAAACACGAGAGGGUCAAAGUCCCACGAGGAGACGCCAUGAUGGAGUGGGCGGAGAGCGUCAUGCAGAUCCACGCAGACAGGAAGUCGGUGCUGGAGGUGGAGUUUCAGGGUGAGGAGGGGACGGGUCUGGGUCCAACUCUGGAGUUUUACGCUCUGGUGGCGGCAGAGUUUCAGAGAACGUCUCUGGGCAUCUGGCUGUGUGACGACGACUUCCCCGACGACGAGUCCCGACAGGUGGACCUGGGCGGCGGCCUGAAGCCUCCAGGUUACUACGUGCAGCGUUCGUGCGGUCUGUUCCCGGCUCCGUUCCCUCAGGACAGCGAGGAGCUGGAGCGCCUCACCAAGCUCUUCCUCUUCCUCGGCAUCUUCCUGGCCAACUGCUGUACCAGCAGCGCGCCUCGCCGCAGGGCCACGAGCCGCCGCCGCCGCCGUCCUGCUGCUGUCGGAGCUGCGCUCGGAGGCGUCGACCGAGGAGAGCCAGGACACAACUCGGUGGGCAGCUUCGACGAGGACUCCAAGUCCGAGUUCAUCCUGGACCCCCCCAAACCCAAACCGCCCGCCUGGUACCACGGCAUCCUCACCUGGGAGGACUUCCAGCUCGUCAACCCACACAGGGCGGGCUUCCUGAAGGAGGUCAAGGAGCUGGCGGUGAAGCGGCGUCAGAUCCUGGCCAGUAAGAGUCUGUCUGAAGACGAGAAGAACACCCGCCUGCAGGAGCUGAUGCUGAGGAACCCGCUGGGCUCCGGACCCCCCCUCAGUAUAGAGGACCUGGGGUUGAACUUCCAGUUCUGUCCGUCCUCCAAAGUCCACGGCUUCUCUGCUGUGGACCUCAAACCCAACGGAGACGACGAGAUGGUGACCAUGGAGAAUGCAGAGGAGUAUGUGGAGCUAUUUGACUUCUGCAUGCACACCGGCAUCCAGAAACAGAUGGAGGCCUUCAGAGAGGGCUUCAACAGAGUGUUUCCCAUGGAGAAGCUCAGCUCCUUCAGCCACAAGGAGGUUCAGAUGAUCCUCUGCGGCAACCAGUCGCCUUCCUGGACCGCUGAUGACAUCAUCAACUACACCGAGCCCAAGCUGGGCUACACCAGAGACAGCCCCGGGUUCCUGCGGUUCGUCAGGGUUCUGUGUGGAAUGUCUUCAGACGAGAGGAAAGCCUUCCUGCAGUUCACCACAGGCUGCUCCACGCUGCCCCCUGGAGGCCUGGCCAACCUGCACCCCCGCCUCACCAUCGUCAGGAAGGUGGAUGCGACAGACUCCAGCUACCCGUCAGUCAACACGUGCGUCCACUACCUGAAGCUUCCAGAAUAUUCCUCAGAGGAAAUCAUGCGCGAGCGCCUGCUAGCUGCCACCAUGGAGAAAGGCUUCCACCUCAACUGACCUCCGACCUCCGACCCCGCCCACCGACCCGCCAGCCCGCCACCUCCUGUCGUCGCCACACUGAGCAUGCUCCAUCGCCGUCUGUCUGUCUCUCCGCCCGGCAGCCGCGUGACCGACAGACCAGCCGGCCAAUCAAACCAGCCGACCGACAGACUGACGCCGUGCCGGAGGAGGGAGGAGGCAAGGAGGGAGGAGGCGAGGAGGGAGGAGGGAGGAGGAGGAGGCGAGGAGGAGACUGGCCAAGUUCUGUUGCAGAAAUGUAAAAGUUUCUCUGUCCCGCCGUGUUGCUCCUCCCUCCUCUCCUCGUGUGCUCAUCUUCAUCAGCAGCUUCCUCUUCCUCCCCCGGCUGCCACCGCUUUCUGUUCCAGCUCCAGUCGCUCCAGACUGUCCUGGCUGCUCCGUGUGUGUGUGUGUGUGUGUGUGUGUGUGUGUGUGCGCGUGUGUGUGUGCGCUUGGCCUCCUCCUCCUCCUCCUCAGUUCUCUAGUGCCUGGUUUGAAUCGUAGCUUCUGUUUUCGGUUCUUCUCCUUCGACGCGACCUGACAGCACACACUCAUGCUUCUCAUUUUGUUUUCUCUCCUGAAUCUUUUGCUUUUUGUUUGUGUGUGUGAGGCUGUUUCUGAGCGCCUGCUGCGGCUCGGCGCUCAGACUGCAUUGGUGUUCUUUUACAAGAGCUAUAGAGACAGAAACACUGGUUGUGUGCGAGGCACAUUUAAAGAAAAAGAAAAAAACACGAAGAAAAAGAAGCAAGCUCUGCUCUCCCUUGUAUUUUCUUUGUAUAUUAUAACAUUUAUUUACUCAAGUUGCAGUUUGAGGUAAACAGAUAUUUUCAAAUGUGUAUGCUCCAAGAAAUAAUCAUUAAAAUGUUUGCAAAGUAUGAAUCAA